AUGCUUCUAUGGAUGGGUGAGGAAUUAAAUAAUAACGAUUUUAUGGAUGAUAAAGAAGUAUAAAUUUAAGGGAUAUAUUUAAGGCUUUUUGUAUAAAGUGAAAAUUUCGAUAUUAAUAAUCCAGGAGUAUUUUUAAAAGAAUUAGAAAAUAAAUAUUAAGUUAAUAUUUAAAGAUAUAAAAAAUGUUUACUUAGUAUUUUUAUUGAAAUAUCAAGUACUGUUUAAGGAUCAGAUAUUAUUUGUGAUUCUGAUAUUUUACUUAACUGUAUUUAUUUAGAUUUAGUUAAUGUUUGUUCAUUAGAGAAUUAAUUGGUUACAUAAGAAUUAAUAUUGAUAUAAAAAUUAUUAAGAUAAUCUCACAAUAUUUAAAUAUUAAUAUAAAAAAAGUUCAUUUCUUUAUUAUUUUAUAUAGUAUUUAAAAUGGAUUAAAUAAAAAUAAAUAUUAGAAUAUAAUCUUUAUAAAUUAUAAACGAAAUUUCACUCGAAAAUUAAUAUUUUUUAUAAUAUAUUAAUUCAAUUUUACCUUACCAUCUUUUACAAAAAUGGUUUUAUUCAAACAAAUCAUAUAUUGAGAUUUUAGAAAUAAUUUAAUCUUAAAAUGUUUUACUUCCGGAUUUAUUCUGGACAAGUAUUAUGAGAAUAGAAAUAUUAAUGGUCCUUGAAUAAUAAAUAAAAUCUUAAAAAAAAGAUAUUAAAGAUUUACAUUAAACAUAAUAUCCAGAACUUUAGAAUGAAUUAUAAUGUUCUGGUAUUCUUUUAAGACUAUUUAAUCAAUUUCCUAGUAUUUUACUUAUAUAAAAUAUUUAAGAAGUAUUAGAGAAUAUACUUAAUAUGUGUAUAAAGUAUUAAAGUUAAUAUACAGAACUUCUUAAAUAGUAUGAUAUAAAUGAAUAGUAAUAAUAAUAAUAAUAAUAAUAAUAAUAAUAAUAAUAAUAAUAAUAAUAAUAGUAAUAAUAGUAAUAAUAAUAAUUAUAGCUAAUCAAAUUAGAUGACGAUGAAGAAGAAAGAGAUGAUUUUUUAGAAAAAUUAGAUAGAAUUUCUAUAUCAUAUACUACUAUUUUAACAAAUAAAGAUGGAGAAAAUGACGAAAAAACAAUAUAAUUAAAUGUUGAAUAUUGUCUUCCCUUAUUUACUAGAUACUUGGAAACUGUUUAAGAUGAAAAUCCUUAUAUUAAAUCUCAUAUAUAUGGUUAUUUAAGUGAAAUAAUAAAAUCUAAUUAUUUUACGGAUGAAAUUUGCUAAAUAAUAGAUGAUACUACUACUCUUUCUUCCUAAGUUUUUCUUUAAUAUAGUUAUUAGUAUAAAAACCUUUGGAGAAGUGAUAUUUUUGAUUUAGAUAAAAGAAAUUGUAUUGAUAAUAUUUAUUAAUCGGACUAAAUGUCUAUUAUUGAUAUACAUUUACCUUAUUAAUCUAAGUAUGCUGUAGAAGUUUUACCUUUUCCUCCUAUAGAAUUGCUUGAUAGACUAGAUGAAAUUGAAAAAUAUAAUGAGAUUAUUGAGAAUGAAGGAAAAAUUUCUUAAAUAAUUUUAAAAAACCUUAAUCAAUUAAAACUUGAAGCAAUAAAAUCAUCUACUACAGACCAUGAUUAGUCUAUUGAAAAUACAAUUUAAAAUACUCAAUAUGGAUAGUAUUUUUGGAGUUCUUUAGGAAAUCCAGGUCCUUUAGAUAGGGAUGAAUAUUUGUUAUAUAGUAUGAAAAAUUAAGAAUGUUGUUUUGUGAAAAAAUUAAAGAUAAAAUUUUAUGAUGCUUCUAAUAUUUAAUAAACGAGAUACGAAAUGCCUGUAUAAUAUCCAGAAGGCGUUUUAAAAGAACAUUUACAUACAAGAUAAAGUAGUUCAUUAUUUGAUGUAUCUCAUAUGGGUUAAAUUAAAAUAUAUGGUAAAGAUUCAGUUGAUUUUAUAGAAAAAUUAGUCGUUGGGGAUAUUAGAGGCAAAAAAGAAUAAGAAGGAUUUCUUAGUUUAAUUUUGAAUGAAAAAGCAGGUAUAAUUGACGAUACAAUAGUGACGAAAUUUGAAAAUCAUAUACAUAUGGUAGUUAACGGAGCUAAUAAAUUUAUAGACUUAGAACAUAUGUAAAAAUUAAAGGAAUAAUAUUUUCCUAAAGCCGAUAUUAAAAUAUAAUAUGAAGAUUAAAAAUCUCUUAUAGCAAUAUAAGGUCCUAAAACUGAAGAAGUUUUUCAACAAUUAACUAACGUAGAUUUAUCAAAAAUAUUAUUUAUGUAACACCAAAAAAUAUAAUUAAAAAAUGGACUAGAAGUUCUAGCUUGUAGAUGUGGUUAUACAGGAGAAGAUGGAUUUGAAUUAAGUAUUGAAAACGAUAAAAUAGUUUAAUUAACUGAUUUAUUACUAUAAAAUCCUCUUAUUAAACCUGCUGGGCUUGGUGCGAGAGAUUCGCUUAGACUUGAAGCUGGUUUAUGUUUACAUGGGCAUGAUAUGAAUGAUUAAAUUACUCCAGCAGAAGCUACUUUAUUGUGGACUGUUAGAAAAUAAUCCAAAGAAGAAAAAUAAUGUUUCUUAGGAAACGAUGUUUUAGCUAAAUAAAGAAAAGAAGGUGUUAAAUAAAAAAGAGUAGGAUUUUUAAUCAAAGGAUCAGGCAUUUUGAGACCUGUUUGUGAUGUUUUUGAUUAAAAUAAAAAUAAAGUUGGAUAUGUUUGUAGUGGUACUUAUUCACCUAUGUUAAAAAAAGGAAUUGGUAUGAUGUAUGUUUCUACUAGCUUAUCUAGUGUUGGUUAAGAAUUAAUUGUAAAUUAAAAAGGAAAAGAUUAUCCUAUUUAAAUUGUUAAAAUGCCUUUUGUAGAGGCUAAAUAUAAAAGAGCUUGA